CACCCCGCGCGCCCAUAUCUCCCUCUCCCUCUCCCCUCUUCCUUCUUCCUCCCCUCCCCGCUCCGCCACCCCCUGCCGCAUGGCGCUCGCGCGAACCGUCCCGCUCCCGCAGCUCGCCUCGGCCUCGCCCCUAGCCCGGCACCGCCGCUGCCGCCUCCUCCUCCCCGCAAUGCCGAAGGAGCGCGGGCUCCCCGCGCGAGGGAUCGCCUGCCGCGCCGCGACGACGGCGACGACGACGCCGGCCGCGGUGGCGGCGGUGGGUGUCGGGGAGGACCUGCCCGAGGGGUACGAGCAGAUGAUGCCGACCGUGGAUGCCUCCCAGCGGCGGCGCGCAGGGGUUCUGCUGCACCCGACGUCGCUCCGCGGCCCGCACGGCAUCGGCGACCUCGGCGACCAGGCGCUCGCGUUCCUCGACUGGCUCCACGGCGCCGGGUGCACGCUCUGGCAGGUUCUUCCACUUGUCCCCCCCGGAAGAAAAUCCGGGGAGGAUGGUUCUCCUUAUUCAGGACAGGAUGCAAACUGUGGUAGUACACUAUUGAUUUCUCUUGAAGAGCUUGUUAAAGAUGGACUGUUGAUGGAAAACGAACUUCCUGAUCCUUUAGAUAUGGAAUAUGUUGAAUUUGACACUGUUGCUAAUCUGAAAGAACCACUUAUUGCCAAGGCAGCAGAGAGGCUCCUACAGAGCCCUGGAGAGCUCCGAAGGCAGUAUGACGAAUUCAAGAAAAAUCCAGAUGUUUCAGGUUGGCUUGAAGAUGCUGCACUUUUCGCUGCUAUCGACAAUAGCAUCAAUGCAGUGUCCUGGUCUGAGUGGCCUGAACCGCUGAAAGAUCGCCAUCCUGGAGCCUUGAAAGAUAUGUAUGAAAACCAGAAGGACUUUAUAGAAAAUUUUAUGGCACAACAGUUCUUAUUUGAAAAGCAAUGGAAACGGGUUCGUUCACACGCACAGAAGCUGGGCAUCAGCAUAAUGGGUGAUAUGCCUAUAUAUGUUGGCUACCACAGUGCAGAUGUUUGGGCAAACAGGAAAUCAUUUUUGCUGGACAAGAAUGGUUUCCCCACAUUUGUUAGUGGUGUUCCACCUGAUGCAUUCAGUGAAACUGGUCAGUUAUGGAACAGCCCAUUGUAUGACUGGAAAUCUAUGGAAGCAGAUGGCUUUGCAUGGUGGGUAAAGAGGAUUAAACGUGCCCUUGAUUUGUAUGAUGAGUUCCGUAUUGACCAUUUCCGGGGGCUUGCUGGUUUCUGGGCAGUUCCUUCGGGAUCAGAAGUAGCGAUGUUUGGAAGCUGGAGGGCUGGACCAAGGAAUGCCUUUUUUGAUGCGCUCUUCAAAGCUGUUGGUAAAAUAAAUAUAAUCGCAGAAGACCUGGGGGUGAUAACUGAAGAUGUCGUUGAGUUAAGGAAGUCUAUUGGGGCUCCGGGGAUGGCAGUUCUUCAGUUCGCUUUUGGUGGUGGUCCUGGCAACCCCCACUUACCUCAUAACCAUGAAUUGAAUCAAGUUGUAUACACAGGGACACAUGAUAACGAUACAGCUGUUGGCUGGUGGCAAAGUUUACCAGAGGAAGAGAAGCACACUGUGUUCAAGUAUCUACCGCAGGUCAGCAACUCGGAUGUCUCUUGGGCGUUAAUUGCUACUGCCCUCUCUUCCGUUGCGAGGACUUCCAUGGUAACCAUGCAGGACAUACUCAGCCUUGGCAGCUCUGCUAGGAUGAACACUCCAGCUACACAGAAAGGAAAUUGGAGAUGGAGGAUACCAAGUUGUGUCAGCUUCGACAGCCUUAGCCUCGAAGAAGCCAAGCUGAAGGAGUUGCUUGGGCUGUACAACCGGCUGUGAAGUACCCCGUUCUCCAGCACUCUUGUGCUCUCUGUCGCUUGAGGCUUGGAACUGCCAGACGGUACUGCCAUAAACUAGCAGCCAAACAUGAAGGAUCUGGCUGCUAUUGUUCAUUGGGAUGUUGGCACCUGUUCCCGAAUAAUAGGCUUCUGUUGGUCAGUUGCAAAUUAGCAUGCUUGAACUGAAGCGUCUUGCAUGUUUACAACUUGUUAGUAUGGUAUAGUCAUAUAUUUGUUCAAAAAUGGUAUAGUGCUAUAUGUUCCCAUUUUGGGUAUGUACUUAUGAUAUAACUCACGAGUCUUUCAAACUCUUAAUAAGUGGGAUAUGUGUAUCAACUUCUCUUUA